UUACAACUAUUUCAACAGUCUAUACAGAUUAAAAGAAAAUGAAUCCAAUUGAUGACGAAACUUUCUCAUCUAAUUUUGAUUUUCUUGAAUCAAUAAAGCAACAUCUUCUAAAUGAUUCUGAUUUUUCCAAAUUUUUUUCGCCGAUGAGUUAUUCAAUUAGCAACGUCGAAUUACCUAAUAGUCCUACCUCAAGUUUUGGUAGCGGUGGUAAUCCCUUCCUUUCGGAAACAACACCAAGUAAGUAUGUUGAAUCCCUUGAUAAAUUUGACUCCGAGGACCAAACUCCGGGUCCAGUGAUGGCGCGUGAUGAACAUGCGCCACAAGAUUGGAGGAGCUACAUUGGAGUGAGACGGAGGAAAUGGGGGACGUUCGCGGCGGAGAUAAGAGAUCCGAAUAGGAAAGGCGCGAGGCUAUGGUUAGGAACGUAUGAAACCUCGGAGGAUGCGGCAGUGGCUUAUGACGAAGCGGCUUUCAAACUACGAGGCUCGAAAGCUCGGCUCAAUUUUCCUCACUUAGCUGGCUCAAACAUUUCUAAGCCAGCUAGAGUAAAGGGGAGUCAUCGUGCACACUCUUCCAAAUCAUCAUCAACAUCAUCCUCAUCUUCUUCUUCUUAUUCGUCCACGUCAUUGGGAAACGGGGCAAGGAAAAGGAAAAUAGAUGUGAUAAAUUCCAUAGCCAAAGCUAAAUUAAUUUGUCAUAGUUUAAUUAAAUUUACAGACGUUGGUAUAGUUGUGGGAAAGGAAGGAAGUUGAUUUUCUUCGUGUUUGAACUUAUAAUUUCGUAAUUCUCUUUUGUUGUGAAAUUAUGUUACUUAGAUAGAUAAAUCACUCUUUGUUCUAUCGUAAUUUUAUCCAUCAAAUAUUUAAGUUUUUUAUAUA